ACUCUCCGCUUUACGGAGCCUCGUCUCCCAGCGCAUCGCAUUGCUCGCUCGUUAAUCUUUGCUUGCUGGAGUGGGAUUACAAAGAGCUCUUUGUAAUCAGACUUGGAAAGCAGUAGAGCCGCUGUUUGUUGGCUGGUUUCCAAUCUGUUUUUGCGGAGUUAUGAAGUGUCAAUUGCACUGAAAGUAGUUUCAUAGCUCUUCGGUUGUAAGCCCUAAGCGUCGGUGGAGGGUGGUGGUGAAGCAGGAUUUAGGGAUGGAGGAGAGAGUGGCAACGCAGGAUCCCAAGCUAGUGCUGGCGCACAAGCUAUUUCUUCUGCGCUCGUCGGAUGUUGAGGACAUUGAGAAGGCGUCGUUGAAGGAUGAGGUCAUGACGAUCAUCAAGUCCGACAACAUGGCGGGUUUGUACCAGUCUUGCUCUCAGGAGCUUGGCUGGGAGCUCGAUCAGACGCUGCUGGAUUCGAUUAACAGUAGCAACGCCAACGAGCUGAAGACUCUCGAUGAUAAGAUUGCGGAUGCGGAAGAAAAUCUCGGCGAGAGCGAGGUGCGGGAGGCGCUCUUGGCGAAGGCGCUUUUCUACAUCCGCAUUGGCGAUAAGGAGAAUUCGUUGGAGCAGUUGAAGGUGACGGAAGCGAAGACGGUGGCUGUGGGGCAGAAGAUGGACCUCGUGUUUCAUACCCUUCGCCUUGGUUUCUUUCACCUUGACUUUAACCUAAUUUCACGCAACAUCGAUAAGGCGAAGAGUUUAUUUGCUGAUGGCGGUGAUUGGGAGCGGAAGAAUAGAUUGAAGGUUUACGAGGGGCUGUAUUGCUUGGCAACACGGAACUUCAAGCAAGCAGCUACUCUGUUCUUAGACUCAAUUUCGACCUUCACUACUUACGAGCUUUUCUCUUAUGACAUCUUCAUCUUCUACUCUGUCCUGACCAGCAUCAUCUCGCUAGACCGUGUUGCAUUGCGGCAGAAAGUGGUGGAUGCUCCAGAGAUACUUUCUAUCAUAGGGAAGAUUAACCAUCUUUCGGACUUUCUGAAUGCCCUCUACGAAUGUCGUUAUCAGACCAUGUUUGUGGCAUUUGCGGGACUGACUGAGCAAAUCAGACUUGACCGCUACUUGCUACCGCAUUUUAGGUUCUACAUGCGUGAAGUUCGAUCUGUAGCUUACACACAGUUUCUUGAAUCCUACAAGAGCGUCACCAUGGAGGCCAUGGCGAAGGCUUUUGGUGUGAGCGUGAAUUUUCUGGACUUGGAACUAUCAAGGUUUAUUGCUGCCGGGAGUUUGAACUGCAAGAUUGACAAAGUGGCUGGCGUCCUUGAAACCAAUCGACCCGAUGCGAAGAACGCUCUGUAUCAGUCUACAAUCAAGCAGGGAGAUCUCUUGCUGAAUCGCAUACAGAAGUUGUCCAGAGUCAUUGACUUGUAAAUCAUUGAAAGAUAUGACAGGCAACCACCUUUCUUCCGUGAGAUAAGCAUAGGUGAGGGACUAGAGGCUAGUAGGAAUCAUUCAGUCAUCAUUACGCAAUGCUUCAAUUUUGAUGCUUCUCCUCAAGAUUGUAGGUAUUCAUAUUCCAUGGUUAUCGUCCAGUUAUUCAAAAUUGCAUUAAACUGGAGCUGGUUGUAUCCGGUUUGGAUGCCCAUAGCCCUGCUUGGAUUGUGGAAUGGGGUUCGGUGUUAUUUAUCUCAGUUUGUAAGACGUGAGCCAGCCAAUGAUGUGCGUGAAAGCUUGAAAUUUUUCGUAUUCAUAUGCA